CUUGUGAUUCCUAACAGUUGUAAACAAAAACACGUGCAACACUGUUCGUUAGCUUCUUUUCUCUUGUUUUCCAUUGGAAUUUUCUUGAAAAUAUGACAAAAUUCAUUACCUAUUUCAAUUUGUGUCCCAUACCAGAGCCCAAGGAUUUCUUGGGCAUAUCUCCGGAUAAAGAUGAAGGCAAUAUUAUAACCACAUUGGGCAAAAACAUUAUUAUUGUUAUCAAGAUUUCCACACAAAAACAAAUACGCAGCUGGUCGGUCUUGGAAAAGUUAUCAUCAAAGGUGGUCUACGAUAAGAAAUCGGAGAAAUAUGUUGGGGUAUUUGGUAGCAAAUACCUGAGAUGUUGGGAUGAAGGGACGACAGAUGUAAACAAAUGCAAGAAAUUGAAGUUCCAAAAAUACAUUACAAAUUUGGUUAGCUGCGGUGAUGACACUUUUGUGCUCUACGUUGAUGGCUCUUGUGAACUGUUGGCCAAAGCAUUAGAAUCACGCAAAGAAGAUGCUAAUAUUACCACGGCCCAGCAAUUGGAAUUAUCGAACAAGUUAAGUUUUAGCAAUGCCAGCGUUUUUGUUUUGGCCAAUGGCUCAAAGAUAUUGACAUAUUUCGAAAGAAACAGUUUAAAUGGAGAUUACUACUUGGUACGUUUACCAUUGUCCGAAAAUGGUGCUGAGCUCGAAGCACCAAAACGCUUCAAACUGUCGAGAGAAAAUUUAAGUGUAACUGUUGCUGGUGCGGCCGUAAUUGAAGGUGGAGGUGUACCAGCGUUAUUGACAAUAUGGUCCGAUAAACGCAUGUUUAUAUUAAACCUAUCUGAUGAUGUUUGCCCAGAACGUUCCCCGGGAAAUUUCGUCUCCGUACUAACGCAACUGAAAGUGGACAGUCCGCUGUCUGUAAUGGGCAUAUCGAAACAUUUUGUGGCCAUUUAUGGUGCCAAUCAUGGCCAGGAGGGUGCCUCACUUUUGCUCUACAACACCCAGUUUAAGGUGAUCAAGACAAAACAGUUCUUCAAGGUCUACUUUAACUAUUCCAAGUUGUGGUCGGUCAAUGAUCAUAUUAUACUGGCCAUGGGACAAAAUCUUUCGGUGGUGAAAUAUCAAGUUCUCAAAGAAGUCUUGUCGGAAUUGGUGGGCACCCAGGUGUCAAACGAUUAUCAAACGUCCAUAGAAAUCGAUCAUAUCAAUGAGGAAGACAUGAUGGAAGAGUGUUUACAGUACAGCAAAGAUUUUCAAACACAAAAUAGCAAUGAAGUUGCGGAUGCAGAUGCCGAUGAAGCUGGAAAACCUUUAAAAAUUCAAGAAGCCGAUGGUCUGACAAUUCCCUAUAUGGGUGUACAAGAUUUUGACAAAGAAUUAAAUGCUUUACGACAAUUACACUUGCAUGUUGAUGUGGUUAAUGAUAGCCAAUUGGAUGCUGUCCACAUCAAUUUGAUGUCAAAUCACAAUGAUGCUGGUUUCUCGUGUUCGGAAAUACAAUUGAUUGCCCAACAAUUGGAACGUGUGGGUGCUAGCGAACAUGAAAUAAGUGAAAAACUUUUAACUGUCCUCAUGAAAGCAAAUCUACUGAAAGAUAUUGGUGUGUGUUUAAGACGUUACACAAACAUAUCCGAGAAGAUAUUGUCGAAAACGUUAAAUUACAUUUUAAAGAGAUACAGUAGUGCCUCAGGAGAAAGCAAUGAAAAAGGGACCAAAGUAAAUGGAAUUGCACAAGAAGAACAUAUGGAAACGGAAGGUAUUCUAUCACGAAAGCCCUCCGCGUCGGGCAACACUUCCGAAAUCCAAGAUAUCCUCAAUACACUUUUGGCGUGUUCCUUUGAUGCCGAGACAAUUGCCAAGUGUAUACGCCAAGAUAUGGAAUAUAAAGAGGUGGUUAUUAUAUUGGAACAUCUUUAUAAUAUGAUUACAUCGGACGACAUGUACCUGGAAGAACGUCCGGCAUUGUAUGAGACAAGUACAGAAUAUGAAUUACAAUUAUUGCGUUGGUUCGGCGUAUUCUUGAAUUCCCAUUUCCAAAAGUUGGCCCUCUCCAAAGAAGUAGCUUUGAUUGAAUUACUCUUCAAAUGGCAUGAACUAUUCCAAAGCUAUAGACAAGAAAUCGUGGAAUUGCAAAACGUUGCAGCGCUACUCCAUAAUGUUGUGGAACGUAGGACAGUGGCAAAAGAGAAAAGUUCUUCGAAAUGGUAUUCCAUAGAAGAGGUUUAUUUGUUUUAAAAAAAUAAAGUACGUUGUUAAAUACAA